AUGUCAAAACCGAACGUUCUAGUCCUUGGAGGGUGCGGAUUUAUUGGCCGUCAUCUAGUUGAUCAUCUCGUCAGUCAUGAUCUAGCGGGGCGCAUUAAGGUGGUCGACAAGACGCCACCGCUGAUGGCCUGGUUAAACAGCAGACACACGCAAGCGUUCGCCAACGAUCGGGUGGAAUUUGUGAGCGCCAAUCUAAUAAACCUCGCUUCGUGCCAAAAUGCUUUCCGCAUGGAGGUGGGCGAACAACCGAUCGAUGGGUGCUGGGAUUAUGUGAUAAACUGUGCGGCCGAAACGAAACCCGGCCAAACGGAUCCCGUCUACCAGGAAGGUAUACUGAAGCUAAGCUUAAACUGUGCAACGGAGGCUGUGAAGCAUAAAGCGAAGCGCUACGUGGAGCUGAGCACCGGAAGCAUGUGGUCGGACGAGAAGGUCCCACAAAAUGAGGACUGUCCCGUCGAACCGUGGACGAUGGUGGGCAAGUACAAGGCGAAGGUAGAACAGGAACUGAUCGCCAUAAAGGAUUUGCCCUACACCAUACUGCGGCUGCCGAUCUGCUAUGGAGUAGGCGAUCGAAAAGGAUUGACGCCUCGCAUCAUUAUAGCGGGAAUUUAUAAGCACCUGGACGAAACGAUGAAACUUCUCUGGACCGGAACGAUGAAGAUGAACGUGGUGCACGUGGAUGACGUGUGUGGUAGCAUUUGGGAGCUAUUGCAAACCGAUCGUACGGUGCGCGAAACGAUCAACGUGUGUGAUGACAGCAAUGCUACCCAGGCGAUGAUCAGUGAGCUGCUUGCCGACAUGUUUGGCAUCAAAAUCGAUUACUGGGGCGUCACGAUGUCGAACAUGACGAAGCUCGACAUGGCCGGAGCGAUCGAGGAAAUUAACGACCGACAUCUGGGGCCGUGGGCCGAGCUGUGCCAGCGAGACGGUGUGCAGAAUACACCGCUAACACCGUACAUGGACCAAGAGUUGCUUCUUCACAAGCAUUUGCAUUUAAGCAACGAAAAGCUAAAGUCUUACGGGUAUAAACUGCGUCAUCCACAGAUUACUAGGGAGCUGCUGGAGGAGAUAGUGCAGGAUUUCAUUGAGAUGAAUCACUUUCCACGUACUUUGCUUGCUUAA